GAACAAGUCAGUCCCAGUGGAGUACAGAAUUCAAUUUUCAGUCUGUGGUAUGUUUUCCUGCCAACACAGAACGCAACGAAAAAAAGAUCAAACUAAAACGUUGUGUGAGUCCUUGAAAUCUUUCCAGUAUAUUGCUAAACACAGACCGAUUGCACAAUAACAUUGUGAUAAAAACAUCAGAUAAGCCUGCACUGGUUAUCUAAUAAUCAUCUGAACUUCCAGCAAAGCAACCAGACCUUUCAAACUGUUUUUAAAACCACAUCAGAAGACCAGGAAACUGCAGACAUGCUGAGUCUGGCGAUUCUAUUUGUCUCUGUUUUUUUGAGAGUUUGCGAGUCCGGAACUAAGGAUCCUUCUGUUAUCAACAACAACAACAACAACAACAACAACGACAACAAGCCCGAUUUAAGCAAUCUGCCAGAAAAAUUCAGUUACCUUUCCAGGAGCUGCAAGGACAUUAAAGAACAAUAUGGCGUUGCAGAAGACGGUCUUUAUUUUUUAACAACCAAGACUGGAGUGAUCUAUCAAACCUUUUGUGACAUGACCACGGAUGGAGGAGGCUGGACGCUGGUAGGGAGUGUUCAUGAAAACAACCUAUAUGGGAAGUGCACCCUGGGUGACCGCUGGUCCAGCCAGCAAGGGAAUGACGCAAGACUUCCGGAGGGGGACGGCAACUGGUCCAACAGGGUCAGCUUUGGGUCAGCCGAAGGGGCAACCGGGGACGACUAUAAAAAUCCUGGGUAUUAUGACAUCAAAGCUUCUGAUGUGUCUGUAUGGCAUGUUCCAAACAAUGCUGAAAUGAUGCACUGGAGGGACGCUGCCAUUCUGAGAUAUCACACGGAAACAAAGUUCUUGGUACUUCAUGGAGAAAACCUGUAUGAAUUAUUUCAGAGAUAUCCGGUGAGAUACAACGGAGGUGUGUGUCAAACCAACAACGGACCGGCCAUUCCCAUUGUCUAUGAUUUUGGAAAUAAGGAAUCCACCAGCAAUCUAUAUGGACCAUACCUUAAAAGUCAAUGUGAACCAGGCUAUAUACAUUUCCGAGUUUUUAAUACCGAGCAAGCAGCGCUGGCAAUCUGCUCUGGAGUCAAAGCAACUGGUUGUCAUGCUGAACAUUUCUGUUUGGGAGGAGGAGGGUUCUUCGCUGAAGGCAACCCCCUACAGUGUGGGGACUUCUCAGGCUGGGGCUGGAGUGGACACGGAACAGGAGUAGGGUAUAGUGCUUCCAAGGAGAUGACGGAAUCCGCGAUGCUGAUGUUCUACCGAUGAACAGCGGACAAACGGAAGCAGCAUUCUGUCUACAUCUUUAAAGACAGUGGGGUCUAUUCCAUUGAUAGAAAACGAAAUACUGCUGCUGUUUAAAUCAUUAAAAAACACAUGUAUUUGA